GCCGCGGCGCGGGGCGGAGCCGGCACCGGGGCAUCCUCCCUUCCCUGCCUGCCUCCCUCUCUCCCUGCCGCCCGCCCGGCAUCGCCGCGGCGGCAGCGCGGCCGGAGGGUGCUGCCAGCGCCGGGCGGGAGCGGCGGAGCGCCGCCGGGGGUGCGCGGAGAUGCUGUCCUACAGCGUGCUGGACGCCAACGUGGUGGACGUGGAGAAGCGGAGGAACCCCUCGAAGCACUACGUCUAUAUCAUCAAUGUAACAUGGUCUGACCUGACUUCCCAGAUCAUCUACCGGAGAUACAGCAAGUUCUUUGACCUGCAGAUGCAGCUUCUGGACAAGUUCCCUAUUGAAGGAGGCCAGAAAGACCCCAAGCAAAGAAUCAUUCCUUUUCUACCAGGCAAGAUUCUGUUCCGGAGGAGCCAUGUCCGAGACGUAGCUGUGAAGAGGCUAAAGCCCAUCGACGAGUACUGCAGGGCACUGGUUCGGCUUCCUCCUCAUAUUUCCCAGUGCGAUGAAGUCUUCAGGUUUUUCGAGGCUCGCCCGGAAGACCUUAACCCUCCAAAAGAGGACUAUGGAUCUUCAAAGAGAAAAUCAGUUUGGAUGUCCAGUUUGUCUGAGACUCCAAAAAAGAGCGUCACUCCAGGUGCUGAUGCUAGCUCUGAACCCAUGAUCCUGGAGCAAUAUGUGGUGGUGUCCAACUAUGAGAAGCAGGAGAACUCUGAGAUCAGCCUCCAGGCUGGAGAAGUAGUGGAUGUCAUAGAGAAAAAUGAAAGCGGUUGGUGGUUUGUGAGCACAGCAGAGGAGCAGGGAUGGGUCCCUGCUACAUACCUGGAAUCCCAAAAUGGAACCAGAGAUGACUCUGACAUCAACACAUCUAAAUUUGGGGAAGUUUCUAAGCGACGCAAGGCUCACCUGAGACGCCUGGACCGGCGAUGGACGCUGGGCGGGAUAGUCAACAGGCAGCAGAGUCGAGAAGAGAAAUAUGUCACUAUCCAGCCGUACGCCAGCCAGGGGAAGGAUGAGAUUGGGUUCGAGAAAGGGGUCACCGUGGAGGUCAUCCAAAAGAACCUGGAAGGAUGGUGGUACAUAAGGUAUCUAGGCAAAGAGGGCUGGGCCCCAGCUUCAUAUCUGAAGAAGGCUAAAGAUGAUCUUCCAUCUAGAAAAAAGAACUUAACUGGGCCAGUGGAAAUCAUAGGAAAUAUCAUGGAGAUCAGUAACCUGCUGAACAAGAAAUCAUCCACUGACAAGGAAGCUCAAGUAGAAAAUGAGACUGCAGAAACACAUAUCACCAAGAAGGAAAUCAGUUUGCCCAUCCUGUGCAAUGACUCUAAUGGCAAUGCCAUGAUGACCUCAGACAAGCAGGUUUCCAGACUGGCCCAGGGAUCCCCAGCCAUAGCAAGGAUAGCACCACAAAGAGCUCAAAUAAGUUCUCCAAAUCUAAGAACGAGACCGCCCCCACGAAGAGAAUCCAGUCUGGGUUUUCAGUUACCCAAGCCACCAGAGCCACCCUCUGUGGAAGUGGAAUAUUACACCAUUGCAGAGUUCCAGUCGUGUAUCUCUGAUGGCAUAAGCUUUCGUGGAGGACAAAAAGCAGAGGUUAUAGAAAAGAAUUCUGGUGGCUGGUGGUAUGUGCAGAUUGGAGAGAAGGAAGGAUGGGCUCCAGCAUCUUACAUUGACAAGAGGAAGAAGCCGAAUUUAAACAGAAGAACCAGUACUUUAACCCGCCCAAAGGUUCCUCCCCCAGCACCUCCCAGUAAACCAAAAGACUCUGAAGAAGGAACAACUUCUGGAGCAGUUUCUUCAGGAGAUACCCAGGAAUCUCCCCACAAGCUGAAAUAUGAAGAACCUGAGUAUGAUGUGCCUGCUUUUGGCUUUGACUCGGAGUGUGAAGUGAGUGAAAGUCAUCAUGAAGAGGGCACUCCUGAAAAACGACUGUUUCAGCCCCUCAAGCCCUCACCUGUAUCAUCACUUCAGAAAGCAAAGUUCAAAGUAGAAGAGUCUUCAGAAGAAGCUGCUCAUGAAGAAGAGACCAUCUAUGAGAACGAGGGAUUCAGACGUUACGUGGAAGAUGCUUUGUCCAAUAAGGAAUCUAGUGGAGAUUCCGAUUCUCAGAAAAGUUCCUCUCUGUCCUUGAUCCAAAGGAAUUCUCCAUGUUCCAGCUCUCCUAAAUCAUCGCUCAUGAAGCUCAAGACAGACAAAAACAUCCAGCCCGACCUUGGAAAAUGUCACUAUUCCAGGAGCGAGGAGACAAAACCAAGGUCAGCUUCAGACGUUGGCUUACGUAGCAUGUCAAGAACGGGCAUGAAGAAGGAGCCUGAGCAGAGUCCUUCCAUUAGAGCAAAGCCAAUUGUUAGGCCCAAACCCUUUCUGAACAAGGCAGAUUCUCAGAGCCAAGAAAAGAUGGAUAUUAGCACUUUAAGGCGUCAGUUGAGGCCAACCGGGCAGCUCAGAGGUGGACUUAAAGGUUCAAGAAGUGAAGAGUCUGCAAGCCCCCCACGCACAGCUUCUGAGAACCAAGAUGACCCUGUUAGGAGAGGCUCAGCUGAUCUCAUCACAGCUCCUUCCCGUGGCAUUUUCUGCUCCAGCCAUACUGCCAAAACUGAGCAAGAAAAUGAUUCCAGAUGUUUCUAUGUGACCACUGACUCAUACCAAAAGGUACAGGAUUCUGAAAUUUGCUUCCCAGCCGGAGUAGAAGUGGAAGUGCUGGAAAAGCAAGCCAGUGGAUGGUGGUACCUGAAGUACGGAGAUAUGGAAGGCUGGGCUCCUUCCCAUUAUUUGGCUCUCCCUGAUAACCAACGAGAAACCACAUCAGCAGACGCUGAUUCCUCGUUUGCCAGGAACAGGAAAAAUGAAAACAAGUCAAACAGUUUGGAGAAGAUAGAGAAGAGGGUUCAGGCUUUGAACACCAUCAACCAGAGCAAACGUGCAACACCACCCAUCCCAAGCAAACCUCCCGGUGGCUUUUCAAAAGCAUCAGGGCCAGUUAAAAUGAGGAAUGGUGUGAGGCAGCUUGCUGUCCGUCCACAGUCAGUGUUUGUGUCUCCGCCACCAAAGGAUAACAACCUGUCAUGCUCCUUGCGCAGAAAUGAGUCUUUAACAGCUACAGACCAACUUAGGGCCGUCCGUCGGAAUUCCUCCUUCAGCAAUGCAUGGUCACAGCCUGGUGACACAAAGGGAAAGCAGCCUGAGCAGCUGGGUACACAUAGCUCUGAGACCACCUCCAACCUCCCUAUGCAGAGGAAUGGGAUCCCUGUGUCCACAGUCAGGCCAAAACCCAUUGAGAAGUCCCAGUUUAUCCACAACAAUCUCAAGGACAUCUAUGUUUCCAUUGCAGACUAUGAAGGAGAUGAGGAGACUGCGGGGUUUCAGGAAGGUGUCUGCAUGGAGGUCCUCGAAAGGAACCCAAAUGGCUGGUGGUACUGCCAGAUCAUGAAUGGUGUGAAGCCAUUCAAAGGCUGGGUGCCCUCAAAUUAUUUGGAAAAAAAGAACUAAUAUUGCAAUAUCUUUAACCUCCCUAAUUUAUACUGUUCCUGCUGUGUACAUGUGGAAAAAACAAUUGCUACACAAAAAGACGUUUCCCUGUGCUCCAGUUUGUACAAAGGAGUCUAUACUGAGGACAAAUCUGCCAUGUUCUGGAGAGGUUUGUGGGGUUUACAUGUUGUAAGCAACUAUGAGGAAGAUGCAGCAUAGUCAAAUGCCUUUUUGUGAAGUUGUUAAUAAUCUUGUAUGUGUAACAGGGUAUGACAUCCCAUCCUUCCCAUUAUUGAUAGGAAACCAAAUGUGUGCCUUUUGUGAGAGAGAAAUACACAUGUAUCUACUUGGGGAGUUCUGUGCCAAACUCUGUUUCACAAUCUUGGCUCCCUUUCUCCUCAUUCUUGUCCAUAUGUGGAAUACCCAAGAAUUUUGAAUGCUUUUCCACAACUUACAGUGAGAAGCAAAUGAAAGUUUCUGAAACAGAGGGACUCUAA